ACAAUGAAUUAGUUGAAAAAAAACUUAUCAAAAAGGCAGAAAUCAUACUGUCUAAUGAUAAUGAUAAAUUAGAUUUGAAUGGAUUAGAUAAUUUAACUGAACUGAUUUUAGAAAAUUAUUCUCCUAACUCGUUUAAGUUAUAUUUAGAAGGUGAUGAUGGUUCGCUUGAAUUAAAUCUCGAUAAUUUUUCCGGUGCAAUUGCUCUCGACUUAAUAAACUGUUCCUGGACAAUCAAUUUGAGUUUAAGUGUUCAUUCCCCAUUAACUAAUUUGACUUUAAAUAAUUGUGAUAAUUUGGCGGUAUUGGAUAUUGAAGGUUGCCCUAAUUUAAAAGAAUUAAAUCUAAAUCUCGAGCCAAGAUCAUCUGCAAGAAGAUUAGAAGAUGUCCAAAUAAGAAUCAAAUUUCUUGUCAAACUGAUUGAAGAACUUGAAGAAAUCCUUCCUUCUAAUAAAAGUAUAGUCGACAGAAAAAAAAUCGAGCAAAUUGAGGAAUUAGAAGGGCAAAGAAAAAAACUGGAUAAAGAAUUCAAUCAAAUUGUAGAAGACCGUUUGAACACUACUUUUCAAUUCAAUGAUUAUUUUAAGCAAUUUGUCACCGGCGGAUUAAUACUAGUGAUAUUUUACUCUUUUCUUUAUUAUUUUGACGACUUAAUUGAAAGGGAAUUAAGAGUGCGGGGCGGACAUUACAGCAAAAACGUUUUGCUCGAAAAAUUUCGUGGCCUGCCCUUGGAAGAAAAACAACGCUACAAAGACCAAAAAGUUUCCCGCAAUGAAAGAAUAUAUAAGAAAAAAUUAACCGCUGAGUGGGCCAUGCGAAAAAAGGAAAUAAGCAAAGCCGUUCUUAUCGAAAGCAUGGGCUUAACUUCGCAGUUUCGGGCUCAACACCAAAAAAUAAUUCGUCAUUAUACUGACUAUCAGACUUCACAGGAGCGAAUUAACAAAUUUUUGACUUUACCCGAAAAAAAUGAUAAUUUAUUAGAAAAUUAUAAUCGUUCUUUUACGAAUAGAGAAAUAAACCAAUUAUCGGGCAAAAAUGGCACGGGCAAAACCACUCUUUUGUAUCUUGUGCUAGGAAUAUUGACUCCCGAGAAAGGAGAAAUAGUGAUUACGACCGAGAAAGGAGAAGAAGAGAAAGAAAAUUACGUUCUUCAUCGCGAUUUAAACUUGCAGCGAUGA